GCCGGCAUGCGGUCGCCCGUUUUAAAUGCUGUAAUGAAAAAACUUGUUUCGAUGCUGAUGAAUGAUGACAUUUCGGUGUGAAUAGUACCGUGAGAAAAACGAUGAAAAAUUCUCCAUAAAACUUACGAACAUUUAUGGAGUUCAUUGUCAGGAGACAUGCGGAAAAUCUAUUCGAUUUGAAUCCAAUGUGACGAUUUGCAAACGUACUUUCGCAAAUGCAGAGAUAUGGAUGUCGGAGCCAAUCGCUUGAAUAAUGAACUUUACAACUUCCGCACACUCGCUACUUUAUUUCUGGCGCCUGGAGCGGUUUAUUCUGCUUCCUCGCAAGUGAUGUUUGAAUUUCCCCGACCGGCCAAUGAGACCUCCUUAGAGACCCUCUACAGGGUGAAUUGCACGAACCUAACAUCAUGUUUCGACGAAGUUCCUUACGAGAAUUUAACCGUCGCAAACGAAACCGUUAUCGACGGCAGCGGCACGGAACCGUUAGCCGAUUUGAUUCUCAUGGGAGUCCUGUCGGUCGUUCUGGGCCUUAUGAUUCUAGUUACCGUUAUAGGCAAUGUGUUCGUUAUUGCCGCUAUACUGCUGGAAAGAAAUUUACAAAACGUCGCGAAUUAUCUGAUAGUUUCCCUGGCAGUAGCCGAUUUGAUGGUGGCGUGCUUGGUAAUGCCUCUGGGAGCCGUUUAUGUGAUUAGUAACAACUGGAUAAUGGGUCCGGAAUUAUGCGACAUGUGGACUUCAAUAGAUGUCCUCUGUUGCACAGCUUCAAUUUUACAUUUAGUAGCCAUAGCUGUUGACAGAUAUUGGGCUGUAACUAACGUAGAUUACAUCCACACACGAAAUAGCUACAGAAUAGGAAUAAUGAUAAUAAUAAUAUGGGCAAUCGCUUUGGUCGUUUCGCUCUCGCCGCAAAUUCCACAAUUCAAGGAUCCCGAUUAUCUCUUCCGGAUAAACGAGAAGAAGCAAUGCUUGGUAUCGCAAGACGUCACUUACCAGAUAUUCGCCACCAGUUCGACGUUUUACGUUCCUUUGUUGAUGAUAUUCAUUUUGUAUUGGAAAAUCUUCCAAACGGCCAGGAAGAGGAUACGCAGAAGGAGGGAUAUGAACUCGCGGAUCAUGCAGAAACCGCACAAGACGAAACAAGAAGCAGCAAACAACGGUCAAGUACACAAAAGUUUCCUAUCCAAAAGGAAGUUCCUUAGAUUGAAGAAAGAUCCGGAUAAAAAAUCAUCAGCGGCCGAAGCUCUGGUGAGUUCCCUGAUGACUAUGGAAGGCCAGUCCACCACAACAGUGGAGAUCACCGAAGAGGAUGAUAAAGAUAUAAAUAUAGCCGUACAAAGUUCGGACGCGCCAAAUCAACUUGCUCUGGUAUUAACCGAGGCUCAGAAAUCGCCUCAAUCGACGGACUCGAAUAGAUCCAAAUUUCAACAGGAAACAACAGCUUUUACUAUUUCCAAACCUACCGAUAUUCAAAACAACCUUUACCAAGACAAAACUACCAACAACGGUUCAACAGGCGAUCAAAACGAAAGCGUCAGCCGAGCAGGUACACUCAGUAAAGAGCCUCCAUCUUGUCCGGCAUCCGUGGACAAACUCAUACCGUCCAAGAAAGAGAAAAAGGAGAGCCUCGAAGCCAAGCGCGAGCGAAAGGCGGCCAAAACUCUGGCCAUAAUCACGGGAGCCUUCGUGAUGUGCUGGCUGCCGUUUUUCAUUCUGGCGCUGCUGCUUCCGCUAUGCGGGGACGCGUGCAAUAUCAGCGGCUACAUCAUGAGCUUCGCGGUGUGGUUGGGCUACUUCAAUUCCACUUUGAAUCCCGUUAUUUACACGAUUUUCAGCCCGGAAUUCAGGCAGGCUUUCAAGAGGAUCUUGUGCGGGGGCCAUCGGGGACAACGGACUUAUAGGUCGGGAAAGAUGAGAUAAAAUAAAAAGAUUUUCGUGUGCGGACCGAGUGGUGAGAAAUAUUGGGUUUUAGUUUAUCCGUGAUUUGUAGAGUUAAUUGCAGGGCAGCUUUUGCACUUUAAUCGAAUAUUUUCAGUUUUUGGAAUACUUGUAUUAAUCAAAUUUCUAUAUUGGUACUAAAGGAAGUUCGAUUUUUUUGUUUAGUAAAAUUACGUUCCUUACUACAUCUACAAAAAAAUUUCCCUGCAAUUAUUCUAUAACACACUAGAGAAUAGUUGUAUGAGGAUCAAAUUAUUCCCUGUCGCUUAAAUUAGCAUAUUAUCCAAUUUUCGAUCCUCGAUAAGCUUUAAUAGUAAAAAUUAAAAUUGAAUAAACCUAAAAUAUCUUUUUUCUCAGGUGUAUAAAUUAUUUGUACAGGGUGAAGUCGAAAAAAAGGAUCAGUAAUAUUCAAAACUGAUUUUAUCCAUAUAAAGCAAAAAUAUUAAAUGUUUGGAGUACGUCGGUAUACUAUCAUAAAGCAUUCGCUCUUCAUGUAGUAAAUAGUUUUGCGAAAACAACAUAAGCGAAUUGUUUUAUUUUAUCUACCUUGAAUAUCUGCAUUUGUACAUAGGCAAAAAAGGGUAAGUUCACAUUAAAAACAAAUUUGAAAAUUUGGAAAUUGAAAAUUAAAUAAUAGCAUAAGCACAUUUAAAGACGAAAUGUUACGGAAUGUGAACAUUCCUUUUAUCAGGUAGGUUUGUUUAUGUGUAUAAUUGUUAUGAACAAUAACAAAUUGUUCCAAAGCUACAAUGUCUUUCCAUUUAGUAGUUACAUAUUUAACGUAUAUAUUACUCCAAUUAAAUGUAAAUAAUUUUAUUUUAUUUUAUUAAUUAUCUACAAGUAAAGAAAAUUUGUUGAGAAAGUCUAGCUUAAAAUAACUUGAUAAUACCAAACUGAAUUUAUUAGGAUCAAUAAAAAUAUCGUUAAGUAGUAAACAGUUAUCAAAAAUAUUAGUGUAGCCUGAAAAAUAUUAAAUAAGGGAACAAAAUGUAAAAGGUAAAAUAAAAAUCAAAAAAGAUCAAAGUUUUACUUUAUUUUUGUUAUUUAUAAAUAGUAAGUUAACUUGAAUUAGGUACGAACUUUAAAUUUCUAUCCAUUAUGAACAAAAAUUUAGAAUAUCAAAAGUUCGGUUGAUGAUUUACAAAAAAACAAAUAAAUUGAACAAAAAAAUUAAAAGUGAAUAAAUCUUAUAAAGAGGGUAAAAAUAGAAAGAUUCUUCAUUAUUCUAUCGAAUAAACGAACAAUGAAGAAUCGUUUCGUGGUUUUCAUUACAAGAAACUAUAAACCUGGAAGAAUUUAUAAAUAGAAAUAAUAGAAAUUGUAACUACAAUCCUAAUUUUCCCAAUAUGUAUAAAUUAUUUCAGCUGCCCUUUUAAAAUUGUACAUAUCGC